UGGCAUCCAGUUUGUUGACCGCUCCGGGCACCUUCAACGGGUCGACGUAGAUGCACAGCCAUGGGAGCUCGACUCUCCCGCGGUGUGGGGUGGCCGCUUUGCCAGCCGCUCUCUCACCGAUCACAGUUAGGCCUUGCUGGACCGCUGAUCAGCAGACUCAGCACCUUUCCUGUGCCAGUGCUUUAGCCAGGGGAUGUUCGCGCACCAGUGUCGUUGCUGGGCUUUCGGUUCUGGCCAUCGGGUGGUGCCAGAGCAUGAGCUCGAGGUCGAAACACAAAGGUUUGAGUGCCUCGCGUGGCCAGCCAGUGGAGCAUGCGAAGUCGGUUGAGGCCACCAUCGAAACUCUGCAGAGUUGGAUGGAGGAAGCUCAGCUGGUCAUGGCCGUGACCAACAAAGGUUUGGAAGCCCCUGUGGCCCGCGAGCUGGCCUUCUUCCAUGAAACUGAGAGCGCCGCUUGGUGCGGUUGGGCCAUGAUCUGGCAUCAACAGCUCUCCACACACAUGGGCAAGGCUGUUUUCGGCAAUCGCCUGUACUUUCCUUGGCGAGGUGAAGGCCGAUGCCCUGUGGUGCAUGGAGCCAGCCGCCUCCUUGCUGUCUUCGCUGUCCUGCUGGGGAAGGAUCUGCAGAAGGUGCGAGACGCAAAGGAUCCCAAUGCCAGCUUCGCCAGCUAUGUGGCCCAUGCUGCACGCCAAAAUCUCCGACAAUCGCUGCCGGCUUACAUGGUUCUGUGUGCUGAGAAGGAGGACGAUCCAGGUGCUAACCCUCCUGGGCGGACCAUCAGCUUCACCGCGGACUGUCGCGUGGGCCAAGGAGGAGCUGAGAGGCUCGCCCUUGGAGAUCGGGCAGAUUGGGUUCGGCUGAAGCAGGGGCUACGACAGGGAAUUCAGGAUGCAGCUGGCUGGGUGCUCCAGCCGCGAGCGGCGAACGCUGAGGUGAGCGUUUGGGCCUUUUUUGCCCCUGACCAUGUGGCGCUUGGAGUGGAGGUCAAAGAGGUGGAAACUCACCAGGCUCCGGCCAUCCUGUGGAGUCGACUCCCACGGCCAGGCAUGCAGACGCAGAUCGCUGGCGCAAUGGCAGCCCUGGCGGCUGAAUGCGUCGCAACCAUGGAUGGCCCCAGCAUCGUGGUGGACCCCACCUGCGGCAUGGGCACCCUGCUACUUGCAGCGGCACGAGUUUGGCCACAAGUGAGUGGACGGCCCCUGCGUUUGGUAGGGCGGGAGAUGAAUCCCAGCCAGCUCCAGAAAUGCUAUUCCAACUUUUCCUCCUGCCACCUGGACAUGUCUGAUGUGCAGCUCAAGGAUGGCAGGGACCCCAAGAGCUUCACUGAACUUCCAGAUGCUUCGGUCGAUGCUUUGCUUUGUGAUUUGCCGAGCGGUGCAGCGCACAAGGCUAGUUCGGACCUCGAGCACCUUGGCGGCCUGAGGUCUUACUCUUCAUUCCUCCGCCUGGCUGAACGUAUCGUCAGGCCUGGAGGGCGUUGUGUGCUGCUGUCCGAGCGCAAAGAGAUGCUCACGAGGAGGAUCUCCAGUUCAUCCUGGCAGACAGUGGCCUCCUGGGUCAUUGGUCGUGGUGAGGGUAACACGCUGGAGUUCCUCCUCAUAGCUUUGGAACGUGUUACUGAGUCGGAUGGCCCACAUGUACAGGACAUCACCCCCCUUUACAUAAGAGACAAUUAGAC